AUGGUACAAACCGCGCAGGUUAUAUCCAUGCGUAAGGCCAGGUCAAGGAGCGACGUCAACACGUACGCGCUUACUUGUUUGCUAUGGGGAGGAGAGCGUAUCGUCAAAGAGCGCCGUGCUGCUUUUGAGCGUGUCGAGAAGGUGCUGGACACAUACGACAUUUCGAAACUCCCACGAUGCUACGCUGAAAACAACCGCGAGGCUCUAUUCGAGCAAGGCUUGCAGAUGAGCAAAGCCUGUCUUGACGACAUGCUUAAAUAUCAACACGAGCAUUUCGUCUGGAUCACUCCGCGCUACAACCUCGUUAACUCUAGUCCUUUUGGACAUAAGGCUAUCUUAUUCGAACCGGGCAUGGAGCACAACGGUACUGAGGAACAGAAGGCAAAGUGGCUCCCUCUCGCCAGAGCCGGCAAGAUUCUCGGUACAUACGCGCAGACUGAACUCGGCCACGGCUCAUUCGUUCGGGGUAUUGAAACUACCGCUACGUUCGACAAGGACACUGAUGAAUUCAUUGUUCAUACACCGACAAUCUCCUCGACCAAGUUCUGGCCUGCGGGUCUGGGCUUUUCAACUACACAUGGCACGGUUAUGGCUAGACUCAUUGUCGGCGAUGGGGAUCAUGGCCCACACAUCUUCCUUGUACAACUCCGGUCUGUGGAGGACGGCAAGCCCAUGCCUGGGAUCAAGAUGGGCGACGUCGGGUUGAAGCUCGGAUACAAUGAAGCAGAUAAUGGCUUCGCCUCGUUCGAUAGCGUCCGGAUCCCCCGGUCUCAAAUGCUCAUGGCCCAUAGUCAGCUCACACGUGAGGGGAAAUUCACCAAAGACUCGCUUCGUGCUAAGCUCUCAUACUCUGUGAUGCUGCUCGUCCGCGCCAAGAUGCCUGGCGUCUUUAGUGUUCAGCUAGCACAAGCCUUGACGAUCGCGACGCGCUACUCUGUAGUACGACAGCAGGGUCUAGGUCCUGCAGAUGCCUUUAGUACUGAGGCCAGUAUCCUUCACUACAAACACCAACACUUCCGUCUACUGAGUAUGAUUGCGAAGUCUUACGCCAUGUUUUUCGCCUCUCGCGUUUGCGACAUGCAUUACAACAAGCUUCGAGAGAUGCAGAGCAAGAAUGAUCAUUCUCUUCUGCCCUCUGUACACGCACUUACAGCUGGCCUCAAGGCAUACGUCACUUCUGAAGCUGCCGAUGGCGCUGAGGAUACGCGGAAGCUGUGUGGUGGGCAUGGGUACAUGGUCCUCUCAGGCCUGCCAGACAUUAUUGGUGCUUUGGCAGGUGGCGCGAUGUUUGAAGGAGAGAACUACGUCUUGUGGCAGCAACUUGGCCGACACCUACUCAAGCAGCUUGAUCGUUUGCAGGACGGUGAGCCAAUGGAGCCGCAGGUGCGGUAUCUCGCCGAGUUGAACCUGAAUGACACUUGUGUGGCCCAAGGCGAGGAGUUCCUCGAGUUCGACGUACAACUUUCCAUCUAUCGCGAUCGCGCGCAUCGCCUAAUUGUCAAGGCACAUAAAGCAAUUCGGGCUACUGAUAAGGAAACAGCCAAGGCUUGGAAUGAGUAUAUGAUGCUGCUCAUUUCUGCAUCACGGGCUCACAUUGAGUACUUCAUCUUGAAGUCGUUCAACGACACCAUUCAUUCCUUGCCUUACAACCCCACGGCUCCGGAGCUGCGAAUGAUAUUGUGCUGGAUGCAAGAUCUCUUCGCUCUCUCCACAACCAUAAACCCGCGCUCCGUUGACGUUUUGUCCUUUGCCGAGACAGCUGAUACUCGGCCACCGUAUCUGUCAUCAGCUCAACUCGACACUAUACGUUCACUCGUCAACAAACGACUCAAUGAACUCCCUCCUCAUAUCAUUGCAUUGACGGAUGCAUGGGACUUCUCGGACGCAAGUCUUUGUAGUGCUAUUGGCAUGCAUGAUGGAAACGUAUAUGAGAACAUUAUGCGCUGGGUAGAACAGCUACCUAUCAAUCAAAACGCGCAGAAGAAUGGGGGUGUACAGCAGGGCUGGAGGGAUUGGGUCGAUCCGAUCUUGAAGAGGCAGGUUAAAGUUCAAGCGAAGUUGUAG